CCGCGCAGCCGCCGCCGCCGCCGCCGCCGCCGCCCGCGCCCCGCGCCCCGCGCCCCGUGCCGUCCCCGCCGGCCGCCCCGCUGACGCCGAUGCCCCGCGCGGGGCCCGCGCGCCGCUAGCAGCAUGUCUCGGCGCAAGCAGGCCAAGCCCCAGCACCUCAAGUCGGACGAGGAGCUGCCGCCGCCGGACGGGGCUCCCGAGCACGCCGUCCCCGGGGACGGGGCCGACGACGGGGACAGCGGGAGCGAGGGCAGAAGCGGGAGCGAGGACACCAACGUCUGCGAGAAGUGCUGUGCGGAGUUCUUCAAGUGGACGGACUUCCUGGAGCACAAGAAGAGCUGCACCAAGAACCCGCUCGUGCUGAUCGUGAACGAAGAUGAGCCGGCACCGCCCUCCGAGGAGUUUCUUCCGGAACCUUCCCCGGCCAGCUCUCCCAGCGACCGGACGGAGAGCGAGGCUGCGGAGGACCCGGCCCCCCCCGAGAACGGCGAGGGCGGUGAGGGGAGGGCCCCGGAGAAGGAGGAGGAGCCCAUGGAAGCCGAGCCCUCUGGGGACAAGGGCUUCCCGAACCCGGGCCCCUCGCACGCAGGGAAGCAGCCUCUACCUCAGAUCCCCGAGCCAGCGCCGGUGGCCGCGUACAGCAUGCCCAACACCAACGUGACGCUGGAGACCCUCCUGAGCACCAAGGUGGCCGUGGCGCAGUUCUCCCAGAGCGCGAGGGCCGCGGGCAGCGUGGGGCCCGGCAGCGGGGUGACGGCGGUGGCCAUCCCCAUGAUCCUGGAGCAGCUGAUGGCGUUGCAGCAACAGCAGAUUCACCAGCUGCAGCUCAUCGAGCAGAUCCGCAGCCAGGUGGCCAUGAUGCACCGCCAGCCCCUGCGGCCGCCACUGAACCCCGGGGCGGCCGCCGCGGCCCAGAGCUCCCCGGUGCCGGCCUCCAGCCAGCUGCAAGGGCUGGCGGCCCACUCGGCCCUGCAGCUCUCCGCCGGGGCGCCCGCCGUGCCCGCCGCCCCCGGCCCCGCCGCCCAGCCGGUGGCCUACGAGGGCCCCCAGCACCUGUCCCAGCCGGCCGCCGGGGCCAGCGCCCCGCACGUCCCCAGCGGCGGCCCUGCCGUCCCCGCCGAGUCCUCCAGCGCGGCCCCCGCGCCCGCUGCCCCGGCCUCCAGUGGCAGCGCGCAGCCGCAGAACGCCUCCACGCCCCCCGCCCUGGGGCCGGGGCCCCCCCUCAGCUCGGCGCCCAGCCUGCCAAACCCACCUCUACCUCAGACCUCCGCCGGCAGCGUCAUCUUCCCCAACCCGCUGGUCAGCAUCGCGGCCACCGCCAACGCGCUGGACCCCCUGUCCGCCCUCAUGAAGCACCGCAAGGGCAAGCCCCCGAACGUGUCGGUGUUCGAGCCCAAGGCCAGCGCCGAGGACCCGUUCUUCAAGCACAAGUGCAGGUUCUGUGCCAAGGUGUUCGGGAGCGACAGCGCCCUGCAAAUCCACCUGCGCUCCCACACGGGCGAGCGGCCCUUCAAGUGCAACGUCUGCGGCAACCGCUUCUCCACCAAGGGCAACCUGAAGGUGCACUUCCAGAGGCACAAGGAGAAGUACCCGCACAUCCAGAUGAACCCCUACCCCGUCCCCGAGUACCUGGACAAUGUGCCCACCUGCUCCGGGAUCCCCUACGGGAUGUCGCUGCCUCCAGAGAAGCCGGUGACCACCUGGCUGGACAGCAAGCCCGUGUUGCCCACGGUGCCCACGUCGGUCGGGCUGCAGCUCCCGCCCACCCUCCCUGGCGUCAGCAGCUACGCGGACUCCCCCAGCCUCACCCCUGCGAGCCGCUCCCCGCAGCGGCCCUCGCCCGCGUCCAGCGAGUGCACGUCCCUGUCCCCCGGCCUCAACAGCUCCGAGUCGGGCGUCCCCGGGACCGCCGAGUCCCCGCAGCCAGCGCUCAGCGGCUCCUCUCUGACCAAACCCGAGCCCGCGAGCCUGCCUGGCACCAACGGCAGGCCGGGGGACGUCCCCGCCAGCGGGCAGGUCUCCGCCACGGCCGCGGCGGCCUCCACCCCCGCGCUAGCAGACGGCAGCAUCUGCACGGGCCUCUGCAGCCCCGUGCUCCCAGCCGGCUCCGACCAGUUCAAGGCCAAGUUUCCCUUCGGGGGGCUGCUCGACUCCAUGCAGACGUCCGAGACCUCGAAGCUCCAGCAGCUGGUGGAGAACAUCGACAAGAAGAUGACGGACCCCAACCAGUGCGUCAUCUGCCACCGCGUGCUGAGCUGCCAGAGCGCCCUGAAGAUGCAUUACCGGACGCACACGGGGGAGAGGCCGUUCAAGUGCAAGAUCUGCGGGCGCGCCUUCACCACCAAGGGCAACCUGAAGACGCACUUCGGGGUGCACCGGGCCAAGCCGCCCCUGCGGGUGCAGCAUUCCUGCCCCAUCUGCCAGAAGAAGUUCACCAACGCCGUGGUCCUGCAGCAGCACAUCCGGAUGCACAUGGGCGGCCAGAUCCCCAACACGCCGCUGCCCGACGGCUUCCCGGACGCCAUGGACGCCGAGCCGCCCUACGACGACAAGGCCGCCGAGGCCCUGAGCGGCUACGACGACGACGCGGACGAAAACUCCAUGGAGGACGACGCCGAGCCGCGGGAGCUGGCCGGCGACCCGCCCAAGCCGCUGCCGCCCUACGCGGGCUCCUGCCCGCCCUCGCCCCCCUCCGUCAUCUCCAGCAUCGCCGCCCUGGAGAACCGCAUGAAGAUGAUGGACCCGGUCGCGAGCUGCCCGCAGCUGACCGCCUUGAGGUCCGUGGAGAACGGGUCCGGGGACAGCGACCGCCUGAGCCACGACUCCUCGUCGGCCGCGGGCGACCUGGAGAGCCGGAGCGCGGGCAGCCCGGCCCUGUCGGAGUCCUCGUCCUCCACGCGUGCCCUGUCGCCCAUGAACAGCCACAGCGAGAGCUUGCACUCCAAGUCCCCGGGGCUCAGCGCCCAGGAGGAGCCGCAGGAAACGCCGCUAAAGACCGAAAGGCCGGACAGCCCCCCCGCCGCCCCCGAAAACGGAGGCGCGCUGGACCUCACGGCGGCCCAGCCCGGCCGGCCGGCCGGCAAGGAGGAGGGCCCCUUUAGCCUGCUGUUCCUGAGCAGAGAUCGGGGUAAGUGUCCGGGCGCCGUGUGUGGCGUGUGCCGCAAGCCCUUUGCGUGCCGGAGCGCGUUGGAAAUCCACCACCGCAGCCACACCAAGGAGCGCCCGUUCCUCUGUGCGCUCUGCGGCCGCGGCUGCUCCACUAGGGGGAAUUUAAAGCAGCACUUGCUGACGCACGCGUUGAGCGAGCCGCGUCCGCAGUCAUUUGACCCCGACUUUGCCCUAGGUCCCGGCCAGACCACCGCUAGCCUGGUCGCCGGCCCCGCGCCCGCCGCCAUCAAAAUGGAAGUGAACGGGCACAGCAGCAGGGCCGUCGCGCUGGGCGAGGGCCCGCCGCUGCCGGCCGCCGUGCAGGUGCCCCCCGGGCCCCCGGCCGUGAUGGGCCCCGGCCUCGCGCCCAUGCUGGCCCCCCCGCCGCGCCGGGCGCCCAAGCAGCACAACUGCCAGUCGUGCGGGAAGACCUUCUCGUCGGCCAGCGCCCUGCAGAUCCACGAGCGCACGCACACCGGGGAGAAGCCCUUCGGCUGCACCAUCUGCGGGAGGGCCUUCACCACCAAGGGCAACCUGAAGGUGCACAUGGGCACACACAUGUGGAACAACGCCCCCGCGAGGCGUGGCCGCCGCCUGUCAGUGGAAAACCCCAUGGCUCUGCUAGGUGGUGACGCUCUGAAGUUUUCGGAAAUGUUCCAGAAGGAUCUGGCAGCACGAGCGAUGAACGUUGACCCCAGCUUCUGGAACCAGUAUGCCGCGGCUAUCACAAACGGUCUCGCCAUGAAGAACAACGAGAUCUCUGUCAUCCAGAAUGGCGGCAUUCCCCAGCUCCCAGUAAGUCUCGGCGGAAGUGCUAUCCCCCCCCUGGGUUCCCUGACCGCUGGGAUGGACAAAGCGCGCACCGGCGGUAGUCCGCCCAUUGUGAGUUUGGACAAAGGAAACUCGGAAACGGGAGCCAGCCGUCCGUUCACGAGGUUUAUCGAGGAUAACAAGGAGAUUGGUAUUAACUAGCUGUGUGCGCAGCCUGGCCCGUCCCUCCGUCCCACGCGCACCCCGUCAAGCGCGACCGUCAGGCUGUGCAGCCAUGCGUCCGAGUUCUCCUUAACAUUUUACCUGUAGUAGAAAAUACGUUCACUGUGUGGCUGCUGGAAGGUUGUCUCGUAAGCUCUGCAUGGUACUUCUUUCCACGGUGAGCUGGACUGUUCUUGGGGACCCUGUAACCUCCUAAAUACGUUUAAGUCAAAAAGAAGUCCUUGUAAAACCGCCUUGGGAAUGGAAAGGGCUCAGACCACACCCGGUCGGUUCCUCCCCGAACCUAAUACCGUCCCCCCUCCCCCCCCCCCCACCAGAGGAGAAAGGGGUCGCCUGUGCUGUUCCAGCGACACUCACUCGAAGGUUUUGUUCGAAUUAGUUAGAAACUUGAACUCUGUUUUUAGACUAUUAACUGAAAGAUGUGGUCCGGUACCCCCAGCGCUGUGUCUUACGACACUGCCUUCGUCUGUAGUAUUUAUCAUGUUAAGAUUAUGCGGGUAACAGAUAAUACGGCCCAACUUUAAAGAAAGCUUUUGUACUGCAGAAUACAUCUGGCCAUGUGAUGAUUUUUUUUUAAAGCAGAAUUUGUUUUACUAUAAAUAAGUGAGUUAUUUCAAUGCAGGCAAUCGUGAAGUUACACUGGGAAAGACGGCAUGCUCUCGUGUGCAAGCACCUGUCAGUGACCACGCUUUUCUUCGGUUUCUUUUCUUUUUUUUUUUUAACUUAAAUGUUUGUAGCUGCUAUGUGGACAAUUGUUCCCUAGUGUGGUCUGUAGCCCAGCGACUGGGAACAAGUUACAGACAAACGUCACCGUAAAUUAUUCACAACAUUAUAAGCAGUUGUGAGGAAAUAUUUCACGUUAUCAAAGCUGUACAAUAAAAAGGUAAUGUUUGUAUAAUGUGGUUGCAAACUCUUAAUUUAUACUAUUGCACUUUUAGUAUUUUGUAUUAGAGAGGUUUGUCUAUGAUUUGAAAACUUAAAAAGAUGUAAAGUAUUUUAUAAAUAGUACUUUGGUUUAAGGAAAAUGAAAAACUGUUACAGUUUCUUGUUUUGUCUUAAGGUCAAACAACAUGAGAAAUCUGUGCCACUGAGACAGAAAAGCCACCAGGAUUUGUCCGUUCCUCAGUCAACUAGGGCCUGCCACUUCCUAAAUUAAAAUGAUUUAUUUAACUUUUCUACGAAGCCCGUUGAAAAGCCUGACCACCCCUGACACAGCUUUGAUGAAGUAAUCGUAGGCCCGUGGCACCGAAACGGCGGGAACUCACCUAGAGACCGCGUGGGUGCAAUUUCAGUCUUCUCUUUUCCUCACACGCCCCGGACCAGGUUUCCACCGCUCCCCGUGUGCAGUAAAGUGGGGAGAGAUAGCGGAGGUCUGGCGGUGUCAUCAGUCGUAACUGGGACAUUGUCUGAGUCCCGAUUUAUUUAUUAUCUUCUCAGAUGAGAACAAAGCACAGUGUCAUCUAACUACUCAAAAUCCAGCCUGAAGCUGCUGACGAGGUCUGAGUUGCUUGGCGCGAGGCAGGGCCCCGGGGCAGGGGGGGUGCUGGGCGGCGGGCGGGGGGAGCACCUGCGACGCCGCGGCCCGCCUUCUACCUCAUUCUGUGCGUUGGGCGGCCUGUCCGGCCGCGUCCCUCCCGAGGUGUCGCGGGCGGCUGGGUGGCGCUGGGGUCGUGCGCCCCGAAGAAGGGACCGGACGGCAGUGACUUCCCGGCUGACGUGGAGAAGUAGGACGAUGUUCCCAGCACGACAACAGCCAUAGAGUCAGGUCGUGACCUUGAACAGAAACAGGUGCGAAGACUCCUCAUCAGCAGACUGAGCUGUUUCUUCCCGUCGGAUGGAGCAUGGUCCCCCCCUCCCCCCGCCCAGCUCUGCUUCCCGAGGCCAGAGGGGCCAUCCCUUCUCGGGAGACGGGGCGGGGGCCUCGGCCCGGCCACGUGGCACUACUGGCCUUCAGCGGUUGAAUGUUUUUAUUAUUUAUGUGUCCUCUUUGGUGUGAGUUUUGGGUUUGGGUUUUGGUUAGUAGUUGGUACCGUGUGAUGCUCUCUCUUCUCCCAGAAGGAUGUGUAUAUAACUUAAGGGAAAAGAAAUGUAAAGUGUUGUAAAUAAGAUGGCUUGUGAAGGGACCGCGAGACGCGCCCCUGCGUCUUCAGGACCAGGCCGUCCCUCUCUGCGUGGUGAAGAGAGACACUAUUUUUCUAUUGCAGCACCAUGUAGGGCCGGGGCCCCGGAGCCAGCUGGCGCUCUUACCAAGAUCCAAUAUUUUUUAUGAUAAACCUGUGGCUCGACACAUCUACUGAUUGAAAUGGAUGUCUUAGUCUAGGUGACUAUUUUUGUCAUAUGGAAAUGAAUAAAAUGCAGGAUGUAAUCUUAUCUCUGAAUCGCGUUCCUUGAUUAUUCAAAUGGAAACAAGUGGGACUUGAGGUUACGGUCAUUAAUGGUGGAUGUAUAUCCGUGGUGUUUCUCCGAGGAAAGUCAACGAGGGUUGACAGCUUAGAUCUGAGCAAUAGCUAAAUGUAUCUCAACUGGUCUUGAAAUUUUUAUUUUUCACUUUUUUCUAAAAUAAAAACGCAACCUCCUAA